AUGGAAUACUCCAAAUACUCAGCCUCGACGCUGGCCGUUCAUGGCGAUGACCCUCUCAACGACUCUACAGAUGUCGCACCCGCCAUGCACGUCUCGACCACCUACCGAUACCCCGAGGACCCGGAGAAGCUGGUACCUUUCAGCAUGGAUGAUGUGGUGGCUGGUCGUGACCCACUGAAGCCAGGAAGCGGUUCCGAUCCUCUGAUUUACAGCCGCGAAGCUGCUCCCAAUACUUCUCGCUUCGAAGCCAUCCUUUCGCACCUCCUCAAAGGUCCCGCUUUGACCUACAGCUCCGGUCUCGCCGCCUUCCAUGCUCUGCUUGUCGCCCUCAAUCCCAAAGUCGUUGCAAUUGGAGAUGGAUACCACGGCUGCCACGGCGUGCUGAAGAUUUUCCAAAAGCUCACACACUGCAAGAUUGUCGAUGUACACAACCCAGACACGUGGGAAGAUUUGGGCGAAGGCGAUGUCGUGCACUUGGAGACACCGCUGAAUCCUACCGGCGAGGCUUACGAGAUCGAGAAGUACGCUAAGUGGGCACAUGAGAGGGGUGCUGUCUUGACAGUCGAUGCUACCUUCGCGCCGCCGCCACUCAUGGAUCCCUUUGCAUGUGGCGCAGACUUUGUCUUGCACAGCGGAACCAAGUACUUUGGAGGCCACAGCGAUAUGCUCUGUGGUGUUCUCGCCGUCAACCCUGCUCGUCCUAAUGCAACGAAAGAGUACUGGGGCAUGUGGGACGACCGAGUGUUCUUGGGCGGCGUCAUGGGAAGUCUUGAAGGUUGGCUUGGUGUUCGCAGCAUUCGUACUCUCGAGCUACGCGUGCAACGCCAGUCUGAAACUACCACAGCUCUGGUCCAAUGGCUCAGCUCUCUCCAGGCUGGCGAAGGAGAUAGAGAAGAGGUCGCCAUUGUUCAGAAAGCACUGUCACACGUUCAACACACAAGUCUGCAGAAAGACGAUAUGCAUUGGCUGAAGAAGCAGAUGCCUGGAGGUUACAACCCUGUGUUUGCCAUCUGGAUGGCUGAGGAGAAGUUUGCAAGGUGCUUGCCCAGCAAACUGCACCUUUUCCACCAUGCCACCAGUCUUGGCGGUGUGGAAAGUUUGAUCGAAUGGCGUCGCAUGAGCGAUGCAAAGAUCGAUCCUAGGGUGCUGAGAGUCAGUGUCGGUGUUGAGAAUGUGGAAGAUCUGAAGCAAGAUCUUCUUGCAGCAUUCAAGGCUGUUCUUGAAGACGCUUGA